UCAACGCUAAACACAAUUAAAGACUCAAAUAAUAAUGUCGUGAAUUGGCAUCAAUUUUAAUUAAAUUAUUAUUAAUUAGCGAUAACAAGUAUUAUUUCAAUUACCCAUAUUCACACAUCAAGUUCAUAUCAAUUGUCAGUAAUUAUAGCGUGUAUAUAACCGUACAAUAUGUAUAUUCAAUUCAUUAUAAAUGCAUUCUUAUGUCUAAUUGGCAUACAGUGUUGUUCAUCACAAAAACUAGACUACCCCAUAUACUAUGCCGAGGAUAUAUGUGACGGGACAGUUAGCGUGGGCUCCGAACCGCAUAAUAGUUCGUUAAUUAUAAAACUUAUGAAAAACAAUUCGAGUCGUGAGAUAAAGUCGUGUAAAGUGUCCAUUAGGUCGACGAGUAGUCAUAAAAUCAAUAUAAACACUAAACACGUAAUCGAGGCCUACCAGAGCCACAAUCUGGACAGUCGUAACACCAUUACAAUCACUGAAUUGAAUGAUAAACGGCGCGUGAAUAUUGACUUCAAUGGGUUGGGCGAUGACAUGUACCUGGUCAUUACUGCUUAUAAAGAAAUAAAAGACGACGAGAAGUGUCCAAAGAAUUACUUUCUGUGCGACCAAAACAAAUGCAUUCACACUAUAUUCCGAUGCGAUUCUUAUGUCAAUUGUAUUUACGAUGAGAAUGAGUUGGAGUGUGCACUCGAUAUAACUCCCGGCGAGACGAUUCUCGUGACAAUAAUAUUAGCCAUAAUUUGUUCACUAUUUGGCACAACAUGUUUACUAUCGAGUUAUGUAUACUACAUGUAUUAUAGGAAAAGGGAGGGCCUACUGGACAGUAAACAGAUCUCGUACGGUACUAUCAACACAAGUGUCCCCAACUCUGUCCAAACCUCCCUUAAAGUGUUCAAAUAAUUUGUACAAUUUUUAACACAUUUUAAUUUUGACUAUAACACAAUUUUGCAUAUUUCUAAUAUGAAACACAAUUGUUUUAUUUAUAAAUAUAUUUAAUGACCCCCUGACCUCUGGUCAGUUAUUAAGUUAUGCAAAAUAUGGUACAGGUAUUGUAUACCCA